CACCGCGCGCACCCCUGUCUCGCGAGAUCCGAGCGGGAGAUCCCCCAGCAUUCUUCCGCGCCCCGUUUUGCUCUUGGCCGCAGCGAGUGCUGCUUGUCCGCCCCCGCCACGCCCCGCGAAGGCUCCCGGAGACUCGCUCACGCAGAAGCAUUCCAGCACCAGCACCAGCAACAACACCAGCCACAAGUGCAGCGUGCUACGCAGACUCUGGGCAUGACCACGCAAGUUAGAGCCAGGCUCGCUUCGGUCGUGUCAGCCUCACACCCCUCUGCUUCUUCCACUAUGCCGUCUCCCUCCACCUCCACCCACUCGAAAUUCAUCGGGCUGUCCGCCGCCGACAUGGAACACGACCGCCUCGCGCGUGCAUGCGGGCAGGGCCCCAUCCUCGUCGACCUUCGGAGCGAACCCGUCACCCCCUCAGGCUCCCGUUUCGGUCAGUCCCACCGAAGCCGCCAUUCCGACAAAUCCACUGGCCUGUCUGCUGCGGACCUCCUCGCCCUCCACAUCCCACAAGAUUCGGACGACCCUCUGCUCGACAUUCCCUUCGCGCUCAGCUGGGGCUUGCGUCCGCGGGCGACUUCAGUACGUGUGCCACAACGGCAGUCCACACCCCGCAACCCCGCACGGCCGCGCUCCGCGUCGCAGCCAGCCUCGAUCCCGCUCUUCCAACUUACGAGCCCACGUGGAGUGCUGCGAUCGCUCAGGGAGGCACUGGAGGAAGAAGGCGUGCUACUGGAGGAUUGUCUCGACUUGCAGGAGGUGUUUGAGAGGUGGGAAUCGCAAGGCGAGCGGGGUUCGGCCCGUGGGGAGGCGGUGCAUCACAAGACGUUUGGCUCGUCGGUGAGUACAGCGGUCAAGUGCGCGUCGAUGUCUACCGUGCUUGGUGGAUAUCAGCACAACGUCCCAUGGGUCGUGUAUGCAUGCGUGGAAGAGCUCAACCGGACAGGCAUCUACCAGCCGGGGCUUUUCCGCGCUGUUCCCAACCGUAUCCGUCUAGCUCGGCUAAAGGAGGCUUUCGACUUGUGUGCUCCCAUCUGCGCGCUCUCGCCAGACCUUGACGAGAUGUGCCCUCGCAUGACCCCAACGCUCUCCACCACGCGCGCGUCGCUCCGCAAGGAGUCGAUGCCCGACAUCUGCGCGCUGCUCAAAAACUACCUCGAUCUCCUCCCGGAGCCCCUCUUCGACGCGAAUCUCGCCGCCGCAUUGCACAUGCUCUGCGUACAGCCCUCGCUUUCCCGCGAAGAGGCAGAUGCGGAAAGCACGGACUCUGGUAGCGACGGCGGCUACUUCGCCUCCCACGCCCGAGCGCGCUCCGCUCCCUCUCCUUCCCAUUCCGCCACCUCCCCCGCAGACGUCCCGAUGACCCCCAGCGAGCACCGCGACGCACUCCUCCUGCUAGAGGCGCCGCAAGUCCUCCUCGCACAACACCUCCUGCGACUCGCACCCCCGCCCGCGCUCGCCCUACUCGCCUACCUCCUCGGGUUCUUCACUCAACUCCCUCUGUGCCCGGACAAUGGCAUGGGCUUCGCGGACGUCGCGCGCAUGUUUGGGCGCGUGCUCGUUGGCGGCGCGGACGCGGGCGUCGUGCGCGGGUGCGUGCACUGGCUGCUCGAGCGCUGGGCGCGCAUCUCGGACGGGCUGUUCGACGUCGCCGCGGGCGAGGACGACGGGCCUGGACAUGUGGAGAGCGCGCCCGCCACCGCGUGCAGGUCCACGUUUAACGCGUUUUCGCGCUCGCCGCCGCUCAGCUCCAAUGAGAACACGCCGAAGGUGAGGCAGGGGGAGGGGGCUGGUGAGGAGGGAGAAGUCGGGUUGGUGCGUAUGCAGGUGCCGUACGACCCGGGGUUGCUCGAGCGCGGAUACCGUCCGCACUCUACCUCUGUCUCUUCGAACAGCUCUACGGCGACGACGGCGAGCUUGGAAUCCGAGGACAUGUCGGACUUGGACACGCCUUACACCUUCGGUAAUGCGAAGGAUGGGACGUAUGCCGAGGAAGCACAACCUGGGGUCAUGGAGUACGAAGCUCCGUUUGAUGCAUUCGAGCGGAGUCCGCACGUAACGGCCAACUACGCCCUCGAACGAGAAUACGUCUCGUGCCCUCCAUCUCCGCGGCACUACGCACGCGCUACCUUCGGAGAGUCCGACGUCGAAGAUCUCUGCUCUCCCUCACCGUCCGUGCGAUCGCUGGACAUCGAGAGCUCGUGGGAGUGCUACUCCGGCUCGACGAGCCGCUGUUCCCCCGCUCCCCCCGGGACGACCAGCCUCCGCUGGGCGCGCAGCUCGUCGGAGGGGUACCCCGACUCGGACUGCGAGUCGUGCGGGGAGCCCUAUCGCGGUCCAAACGAGAGCACUCCUCGGAACAGCGCCAACUUCGACGAGUGAACGCUGGGUCUGAGCGCUGUGGGCGCGGAUGGACGGUGCCGCAUGUGUUGAUAUAUGGGCGCGGCGCCGCUCUGAGCCUAUCUUGAACUUCGCUUGGGCUACCAUAUGUACGAUCUUACCGAUAUUACUGCUCGCAUAAUGUACACUGUCGCUAGAGCCGGUUUUGCAUACUCCUAUCCAUCUAUCUGUCUCUGUCCUCCGUGCUUCGUUUUAGUCAUGUUUUCCAUUUAGCGGACCGUAGUGAAGUAGGGACAAUUCGCACAUCAAUCCUGGACGUUUAUCCUGAACACUGAUGUUACACUUCUUAUUAUCACGAAGUGGUACCUACCGC